AGAGAAAGAAAGUAAGAGAGGUCUGAAAUAAGCCCCCACAAAAUGUGGUGUUCCCAUCACCUUUUUGACUUCAGAAAUGUGGUCAUUUUCAUCCCCCCAUAUUCACAAACGUCCAGAAAAAAAACCACAAGUAAAUGUAUAAAUUGAGUGCAAGCUUUAUGAGAAAAAAACAUUGGUAGAAGUUGUCACUUGGAUGACUGUUAUAGGAAUGGCAAGCACUCUCUCUCCUCUACUCGUAUUCUUAUUGGUGUUCUCUCACCAUAUCUGCUUGAAUGCUGUCCCAGUCACAAGAAUUGGAAGCCUAAAGCAUGGACCUCAAGUUCCUCAAGUUUCACAGAUUACCCACAUGGUAGCUGCAGGGGAAAAAUGGGAGGAACAAACCCUUGCUGGAAGAAUGGAUGUUGAACUACAUGAUUACCCGGGAACAGGGGCCAAUAACCGCCACACUCCUAAGCCGCCUGCACAAUAUGGGAGAGUCUGUAGUGAUUGUUAGUUUCUCUAGGCAGUAGGUGUGUUCUUCAUUAUAUUAUAUAUUUUCUGGGAUAUAUAGCUUAAGUAAAGAAUCUGCUUCUUAAUUACUCAUUUGGGCAGAUCAAGACCCAAGAGCUUUCUUUUCUUUUAUGGGGGAGGGGUACAAAAGGUGAAUUUGGAUAGCAAAUAUGUAGAAUGAGAGAAAGAGAGGAAAAAGUGCUACAGUAGAAUUCAGUUAUGUGAAUGAGAGAGCCUUUAAGCAACUAGAGAUCUGCUUAGCCAUCUGUAUGAAGUUGAACUUUCAACUAUUAAUUACCUACAAGCUUGAUGCAUGGUA